GACCACGUACGACCUCACAGCCAAGACCAUCACCCCGAUGGGUGGCUUUGUUGGUUACGGUACGUGCGCAACGACUACGUGAUGCUGAAGGGUUCCGUCGCGGGUCCUCGCCGUCGCGUCAUCACGCUGCGUCGCUCAAUGGCCCCACAGACCUCGCGCAAGCUUACGGAGAAGAUCACACUGAAGUUUAUUGACACAAGCUCCAAGAUUGGUCACGGUCGCUUCCAGACAAAGAAGGAGAAGAGCCAGUGGUACGGCCCAUGCAAGAAGGACCGCAUUCGUCGUGAGGAGCGUGUCCGCAAGGAGCGUGCGGCCCGCGCCGCGGAGCGCAAGGCUAAGGGCGGUGCUGCCGCCGCUGCCGUCGCUCCAAAGAAGACCAAGAAGUAG